AUGGCUCCAAAACAUGUCCAGUGGCCAAACCUUCGGUCAGGGGAGCUGACCCUCCUUGAUUACGCUGCAGAUGACACCCGCGAUGUGGUGACGCUCUCGGAGAAAGAAGCUCUUAUCUUGCAGCUCGCCGAACAGAUCCAGGAACAACAACUAGAGAAGGCGUUGCUAGAACAAGAACCGGAGCUGGUUUCCGGUGACAAUGUGGAAGAGGAGCUUGAGAUCGCCGAACGCGAGCUCCUGGAGGCGCGAUCUACCUACACCGUCAGAAGGAAAGCAGCACGUACCAUUCUCAUGACCGACCCAAUCUUGAAAGCGGUUCACCUGAAGGCAAAUAUUCCGCCCGAAAAGGCGCUUCUUCGCCUGGUGAAUCGUCGCGACGAGCUAGCUCUCGCAUACGAGAAUUUGGCCUCGGCUCAUGGUGCAAUUCGCAAGCAGCUUUCCAACUCUGGUGUCGAGAACUUGCAGAUCAACCGGGAGAACCAGGAGCUGGUGAGCCAAGUAUUAGAGCUCACAAAACAGGAUUCUUCCUGGCGUGAACAACUUCAAGAUGCAAGGCUCACGUCGCAACUCGACGAACUUGAAGCCGAACUCAAAACUAGUAAGGCGAAAUGGGAAACGAUGAAGAAUAUUGCUAGUGCUAUGGUAGUCGCCAGCGGACUUGACUGGGCCGAGGAUGAUGAUCUACAAGCUCUUGUUUUGGAUGAGAGCGACGAUUAA